UAGAGCCAAAACACAAGUCAAACGCAAACUAUGUUUCAAUUGAAUGACCGAAAUAUACAACAAUUAACUCAUUGUCGCCACAAUUAUCACUGAAUUGAGUCCAAAGCUGACCCCAGUAUUAUAUUUGCAAUACAUUUGAAUGCCAUACGAGUGAGACAUACCACACGUGGUGGACCCAAAUGGUAAACAAAGACUGAGUGGCGAUGUCUGGAGCGCAUCCAAACUCCGGACCCAAUGGGAUGUACUCUUCGCGCGGAAUCGGUCGUCAGGCCGUCGGAGGGAGACAUUCAGACCCCGACCGCAAUCGGGGUCAGUAUCAGAGCUCUCCAGACAUUAACUAUAGACCCGAAGCCUCCGAUUACAACAGAAAUGCUAACAUUGGAAACGAUCGAGACUUUGAUCGCAGAGGAGGGGGUCCUCAGCCACCCAACGGUCCGCCCAUUGAUCGCGAGUUAGACCGAAGAGGCGCUCCCUCUCAGAGUCAUCGGGACUUUGAUCGCAGACACGACUCAUACAGAGAUAGAGAUCGCGAUUACGACCGAAGAGGAGGCGGUCCGUACAGAGACCCUGAUUACGAUCGAAGACAUAUCCCUCCAAACGAUCGCGACUUUGAUCGCAGACCUCCUCCUCAAAGCGAUUAUCCUCCGGGAGGACCGCGUGGAGGAGGGGGUCCUCCGCCUCCUAUCCCACCGAUUGAUCCAGAAUUAGAGCGAAGACCUCCGCCCCCAAGUCAUACCAAUUAUCACAUAAAGCCUAACAUUUCUAGCGAUUAUGACAGAAGAGCUGAGUUCACAGGUGGAGGCGGACCUGCGGGUGGCGGUGGCGGUGGCGGUGCACCUCUCCCUCCAAGUGAUCGCAAAGAUUACUAUAGAGACACUCUCGAAGACAACUACAAAGCGUCGCCCACAGAUGGAUAUACACCUCCGCCACCAGCUCUGCCUCCGUCCCGCCAUUAUAGCCCACCGCCAGCGUCGGCGCCGCCCCCACAACCGCCUCCAAGUUAUUCUAGACCCCCACUGACUGGUGGAGGGGGUCCACCACCACCUCAAAGGCCUCCGGCGCAGAGUUCGGUCGCAAACUUCGCUCCUUAUGGUGUGGACGAAGACGGAGAGCCCUUGACUAAGGAGGAGAUGAAGGAAAGACAAUAUCAGGAGAGUUUGAAAAAUCUGUUCCACGGCGUCAACUCCAUCGACGAUCUCAUCACUAUCAAAGAGCAGUACAACGCGAAGGAGUCCUCUUUGAAGAGUAUUCUGGAGAAGACUGCUGUAAGAGAGGGCGAUAUCCAGAGAAAUAGGAACCGAAAUCGAGCCAAUUGUAAGGAUCCGGAACUUCUGGAGAUGAAGAAACUGUCGGAAGACGUGAAACAGAGACUCGAAGAAGUUUGCAAAUUUAAAGUGGAAAUCGACAAAAGGAUUCGCGCCUACAAUAAGGCUAUAAAGGAGGCGAUGGCUAACGACGAGCCAGACGUGAAAGAAGGCAACAGUAAAGUGGGUGAAAGUGUUGAUAAGCCGAGCAAUUAUGAGGCACAGCUCCUCCAGAACUCAUUGAUCACAACUACUGUUGAAGACGAGGAGAGCGAAGAAGACGAGUUCGAGUACGAGAACUCCACCCGAGAGUACUUCGACGCCGGCUCUCAUUGGUGUAGAGAUUGUGAUAAAAUGGUGCCUAAAAUAUGGCCUUAUUUUGAGCACUUGCACUCUCAGAAGCACUGGGAGUCGGCUACCAAUGAACUAAAGCCGUGGAGGAAAGUGAAGAGACCUAACAUUUCGAAAAUCUGUAAGCCUUCAGACCCGAUGGGCCCCAAGAAGUCAAUUGCUCCGAAGAUUAGGACUCCGUUGAAAGGCGCUCAGUUUCUCAUCCCAUUGAAGGGCUUUUAUUGUCCUCUUUGUAGUCAAUACUUAGCCGAUGAUCUCAUGGCUGAGGAGCAUCUGAAGUCAGCCAAACAUAAUCGGAUUUAUAAUCGGUUCAUAUGUCUGAACGUGGAUUACGAGCAUAAGUGGAAUGCAGACAAAGGGAAGGCUCUGAACCGACAUCAGGUGGCAGAGAGGAAGCGCGUCAAAGACGAGGAACAGNAACAGCACACGGAUCCCGACUAUUCGUGCGCUUAUGUCAUCUUAAAGACCGCGAGAAAUGAUUUGGAGGGACACGGCUUGACAUUCACCAUAGGAAAGGGAACAAACGUUGUGGUGACUGCUGUGCGUGAGCUAGAACAUCUAGUUGUGGGUAAAAGGUUGGGCGAUAUAUACAGCAAUUUCGGUGAAUUCUGGAAAUCUCUUGCCUGUCACNAUAUAUACAGCAAUUUCGGUGAAUUCUGGAAAUCUCUUGCCUGUCACUCACAAAUCCGUUGGAUUGGUCCCGAAUGCGGUGCCCUUCAUAUGGGUACCGGAGCUCUUGUUAACGCUCUGUGGGAUCUGUGGGCUAAGAUUGAGGGCAAACCCCUUUGGAAACUUCUGUCUGACUUAGAGCCCGAGCAAUUGGUUUCUUGUAUUGACUUUCGUUAUAUAACUGAUGUCUUAACCAAAGAGGAUGCCAUCAAUAUCUUGAAACGGAACAAACAAUAUAAACAGCAAAGAGAAGCAGAACUUUUGGAAAAAGGAUUCCCGGCUUACACUACAGCGUCAGUUGAUUUCGGUUUUCAUUUAGUAUUUUAGCAGUUCUUCUAUAAGACA